GAGCUGCAAAAAGCGUCUUCUUCAUUGGAUCACGUAAUAGACACGCACGAGUACCAGCAGCAGCUCAGCUGUCAGAGAGCUGAAGCUGUUCAGUCAACAAACCCGGAAUAACGCGGUUAAACUCCACAUUUGAUUUCAUUUAUCACAUCUCCUGUUAUGGAGCAAGUGAAGCAGGAGGCCUUUGAUAACGCCAGGCUGCAGGUGAUCAAAGAUGGGUACGAGAAGGCAUUCACAUGCAUCAAUAAAGCUCUCACAGAGGAUGAGGUGGGCCACAGUGCAGAGGCGCUAAAACUGUACCGACAAGGGCGGCAGCACCUCCUCAGGGCUCUCAGUGUUCCCUCGCAGGGUAUGGAGUGUGUGGGUCCCUCCUGGGAAUCAGCUAGACAGAUGCAGCGCAAGAUGCAGGAGACUCUCAACAACAUUACCACUCGCUUAGCCAUGCUGGAAACCAUCCCAGACCCCAACAAAGUCUCGGAUAGCAGCGCAGCCCCUCAGAAACUCUACCCUGAAGUCCCGAAGGUCAAGUCGGACCAGAUGCUUGCUUCCAACAGCAGGGUUGCAGGGGCUUCAGGUGGGCCAGUUCCGGUCUCCCCCUCAGUGCAGCCCAAUAUGUUAAUUGACCAGCCUCCUGCAUACACCCCUCAAGCUGCUGACGGACACCUGAGCAUUUCCUAUGGCACCGACUCGGGUGAACUCUCCCUGGUUGGUGAUGAGUUCUACAGCAAUACGUCUAAUUCAGCACCUUCUCCUCAGUGUCUGGGGGAGGAUGGAGAGGAACUCUUUUUCCUUCCUCAAGGGGUGCAGAUCUUCUUUGUUACACCUGACGGGCAAGUCAGUGCUCCCUCUUAUCCAGGGUACCUGCGCAUCGUCAAGUUCACCAGUGAGCAAUCAGAGAGGAUUCCAAACAGGCCACCUGCCUUCCUACAGGUUUGUGACUGGCUUUACCCAUUGAUGUCCUCUGACUCCCCAGUCCUGCUGUGCAACACAGGAGUCUACAUGUUCCCUGACAUGAUGGCUCCUAUCCCGGGCUCUUAUGUUGGGGUGGUCCUUUCUUCUGAGCUUCCCCAGAGGGACCGCGAACUCUUCCAGAGUGUUCUUUCACAGCUGACUGACCUGCGUGUCCAGGUGAGCUGUCCCUGUGUCCCCUCAGCUCCCCCCUCAGAAACACAGGGGUCAGCAGGGGCUUCAGAGCAGGCAUCAGAUGUCACAAGCGAUACCAUUAACCUGGGUCAGAAGGUGCCGAUAGUGCCUCCUGCAGCUGAAGCAGUGCCCCCUGCUGCUGAGGAGGAGAAGGUACUUCCUGAAUGGAGCGAGAAGGUGGCUCAAGGGAUCCUGACUGGGGCUUCAUGGCUGAGCUGGGGGUUGGUGAAGGGGGCUGAGUACACAGGGAAAGCCAUACAUAAAGGUGCAUCCAAACUACGAGAGCACAUCACACCAGAGGACAAACCAACUCAAGUCAGCCCCACAGUAACCAAAAGCCUCCAUGUGGCCAAACAGGCCACAGGAGGAGCAGUGAAGGUCAGCCAGUUCCUUGUGGAUGGACUGUGCACAGUCGCUGGACAUGUUGGCAGAGAGUUGGCACCCCAUGUAAAAAAACAUGGAGGGAAGCUUAUCCCAGAGUCUCUGAAGAAAGACAAGGAAGGACGCUCCAAUAUUGAUGGAGCCAUGGUGGUUGCAGCAAGUGGAGUUCAAGGAUUUGCAACAAUGUGGACAGGGUUGGAGGUUGCAGCAAAGAACAUAGCAAAGAGUGUUGCCACAGAAACAGUUACCACGGUAAAACAUAAGUAUGGGGCGGAAGCGGGCCAGGCCACCGAUCAUGCUGUCAACUCUGCCAUCAAUAUGGGCGUCACCGCGUUCAAUAUCGACAACCUGGGGAUCAAGGCAAUGGUCAAGAAGACUGGCAAAGAGACUGCCCACGCCAUCCUGGCAGACUAUAAAGUCCAAGAGUCGAGCACUCAAGUUGAGAAACAUAAAGACCAAAAGUAGAGGUUAGAUUCAGACCUUUUGUUUCAGGUGUCCAUUUUUAAGAGCAAACCAAAUGACUGAAGACGUUGGUGGAUCCUUGUCCAGUUUUUCAACGAGUGCUGUUGUUUGUUGAUGUGACUGACCCUAAACUCCAAAGACUUUGCAGUAAACACAGUUUGUCUUACUGUCAUGUUUACUAUUUUCACUGUGUCGCAGUGUAAAUGGUAAAUGCACUUUUAAAAAUUCCCUGAGAGUGCCGGACAAUAUUCUUGUUUUGCCUUACACUUCACUUCACCAGCAGUUUACUCAACUAAACAUAUCACCAAUGAUUUUACUCAUAUUAAAUCUUCAAUAGUUUUGCAUGGUUUGUGUCUUUCAAAUGGACCCUUAAAACAAAGUACAAGCCAAAGGUGGACUUUCGGUUUUCCCAUAGAGCCUUAAGAAAUAUAAUAUUCUUGUAUUUAAAAAUACAUAUAUAUAUCUAAAGCUUCAAUAUACGUAUAUUCCAAAACUGCUUUAUGAUAGCUGUUUUAUACGGUAUACAGACCUGUUUGUUCUUGGUACUAGGAUUUCUUUAUGUUUUAAAAUAUUAAAAAGCACUUUAACCCCUGUUAGGAAGACUUUGACAUUUCUUGCAGAUGAUGAUAAAAUUAAAUUGCACUUGCAGUUCGAAUAUGACACAGAGUUCAGAUAUCAGUAAUCUGUUUAUUCAGGAGGCAGAAAAAUCUUAACUUUUUUUUUUUUUUUUUUUGGAAAUGUUUAAAAUUAUAUUAUUUUAAAGUUUAAAAUGUGUAUUUUAUAAUAUUAAUAUUAUAUAAUAAUAUUGUAAAUGAACAAGGCAUAUAUUUAAUAAUAUCUGCAUAAAACUGUGAAAUGCUAUAUAUGAAGUCCAACCACUGUAGAUAUUGACACUCAUAAACCAUCUCUGCAGUUUUAUUUCCCCAUGAAAACUGAUAAUGACUGCAUUUUUUUCUUUAAAUUUGACUACUGACCAUGUUUCUUUCGAUUCCAUAUAAAUCUUAUUCCCAUUUCACUGUAAACGUUAACAGAGUUGUUCAUGCUUUGUGUUUGUUUUCAUGCAAUAUGUCUCAUUUGAAUGUUUGGACAGCAUAAAUAAGCAUAACAACGUUUAACCACAAGUCAAUAGGUUUGCUCAGUGACAAGUAAUAUAAUAGCCUAUGGUUAUCUGACAUAAUAAAUGAAACAUUUAAAACA